GCAGAGAAAGUACCCUCUUUCACCUUAUAGAUGCUGCAGUCAAACUGACAGCAGCAUAUAUAGCAUCCACUCUGCAGAACUAGGAUGGGGCAGGCAGAGCGGAUGGCGUGAUUUCAUAUUUUUCUACAAAACUCAUCAGAAAAUGGUGGUACGCACCCUCCUUAUCAUCUCUUUGGCCCUUUAUGAAGUAAACUGUGACAUAUGUACAAAGUCUUCCGUUGCUGAGAUGAAACAAAACAUUUAUAACCUGUUGGCAUGCUUCGACAAGAACGCUGAAAGUAACUAUCCCUCAACUUCUGGGUACCCUACUGGUGGAUCUGACUAUGGAUACAGGAGCUGCAAAGAUAUUAAGAACUCAAAUAUAUAUGCUAAAGAUGGAAUAUACAUGCUGACCACUGAAGAUGGACUGAAGUUUCAGACCUACUGUGACAUGACAACCAAUGGUGGGGGUUGGACCUUGGUGGCCAGUGUCUAUGAAAACAACAUGAAUGGUAAAUGUACAGUGGGAGAUCGCUGGUCCAGCCAGGAAGGAAACAAUAUCAACAACCCAAAAGGAGAUGACAACUGGGCCAACUACGCUACAUUCGGCCUUCCUGAUGGAGCUACUAGUGAUGAUUAUAAGAAUCCAGGAUAUUAUGAUAUUGUUGCUAAAGACUUGGGGCUAUGGCAUGUUCCAAACAAAACACCCUUGUCUAAAUGGAGAGAUACCGCUAUCCUAAGAUACCGCACAGACAAUGGCUUCUUCUCCAAAGAGGGUGGAAACCUAUUUCAACUAUACAAAAUAUACCCAGUAGUGUACAAUGCCGGAGCCUGCCUCACAAAUAAUGGACCCGCUAUUCCUGUUGUGUAUGACUUUGGAAGUGCUGAGAAGACUAAAUCAUAUUAUUCACCAAAUGGACAAAAAGAGCUUGUUCCGGGUUAUGUCCAGUUCCGGGCUAUUAAUAAUGAAAGAGCUGCUUUGGGGUUGUGUGCAGGAGUGAAGGUGACAGGAUGCAAUCCAGAAGUUAACUGCAUUGGAGGAGGUGGUUACAUCCCAGAAGGAAACCCCAGACAGUGCGGAGACUUUGCUGCCUUUGACUGGGAUGGACAUGGAACACAUGUUGGAUGGAGUAACAGCAAGGAAAUAACUGAGUCAGCUGUUCUUCUCUUCUACCGUUAAUAAAGUGCACAUGACUGUAGAGCAUAGUAAGGGUCAGUAUAAUAACUGACUCUGAAAAGUGUUACAAUAAAGCAAAAUAUUAAAUACAA